UUAUUCAAAGUCUGCUCUAAAUUCCCAUUUUAUAGGCUAUGGAGAUAACCCGCCGAAGACACGCACCGGUCAGGCAUUCACAAUGGUUUACGCAUUCAUAGGCAUACCAUUACUUCUGAUGGUUUUGGCAGAUAUGGGCAGUAUAUUCACGCGAGGCAUCAAAUUUGUCUUCAAAUAUAUUCGACGACUUUAUUACACAAAAAGUCUGCGAAGAGUGAGAAGAGUUGGCAGAAGUGUGGGAAAUAUGGGCCGUAGGGCUACUCUCCAUAACAUUAAGUAUAUGGACACAGCGGUCGGUGCCAUCAAUCGAGGCAUCGCUUACAUACCAUAUGUUCCCAAAUCGUCGAAAGAUAAUAAUGAAAAACAAAACGACAAGAGUAUCGGCCUUUCAAAGAGUCCGGCCGUUGUCUUCAAGAAUCCCGGAAAGAAAGGUCCGUUUAUUGUACGAACAGAUCCGACACCACCGCAAACGGCCACCGCAUCGACGCCACCCGUCACACCACUUCCCGAAGACUUCCUCGACAUUGACGAC